AUGCCUCCACGAAGAGUGAACAGAGAUACACCCGAGAAUGAGGAAGAACCCAGAGAUCCUACGCCGCCGCCUCCACCUCAUGAUAGGAGAGUGGAAGAACUUUUCUUAAGACAGAACCCACCGACUUUCGCAGGCACGGGAGACCCUGCUGAAACGGAAGAAUGGAUUCGUGCUAUGGAACGAAUCUUUCGAUUUCUGAGAUGCAAUGACGCAGAACGUCUUAUGUGCGUGUCUUACCAGUUGAAAGGAACCUCCGACUAUUGGUGGGAAGCAAAGCAGAAAACUAUGGCCCCAGAGCAGUUAGACGAACUCACUUGGGAUCUUUUUAAGAUUGCCCUGUGUGAAAAGUUUAUACCCAGAAGCUAUAGGAAAAAGAAGGAGAUGGAGUUUACCACCUUAAGGCAAGGGAAUAAAACUGUAGUGGAGUACGAUCGACUAUUCUGCGAUCUGGCCCGCUAUGCACCGUAUAGAGUGGAUACGGAUGAGAAGAUGUCCGAGUUGUUUUGCGCCGGACUGCGACAAGAGAUAAGAGUUGUAUUGGCUAGUCAAACGGCACUUUCCUACGCCGAGGCCUUGAACAGAGCUCUAGAUAUGGAGCUAGCAAUGCAACCGGAGAAAGCAACACACGCACCAGCGCCUCCAGCAGCUCAGUAUACGCAAGUAUCGAACACUCCCUACUCUAAUCAAGGACAGAAAGGAAAACGCAAAUGGGAUAAUCACAGAAAUGACGGCAAGAAGCCAUGGCAAGGCCAGAAUGUCCAGCCUCCCUUCGUGAAGGGUGAUAAGUCUUUUUAUGGUGGACCAGCGACCUCACACCCCGGACACCAAGGGAUAUCCCCUUGUCCUAAGUGCAACAGGUUACACACAGGAGUGUGCAAAGCUGGAAACCCAAAUUGUUUCACUUGUGGAAAACCAGGGCAUUACUCGAGCCAGUGCCCCAACCGACAGCAAGGGAUGAGUGGAGGAAGACCCAAUCAGUUUCCAACCCCACAACUCAGGGCAAUGGAAGGAAUUCUCCCUCUACCUCAACCACUACAGCAACAACCUUUUCGCCGCCCAAAUCAGCCUCAUAAGCAGCUACCUGCACCGCAAGCAGGAAGACCACAGCAAUAUCAAAGGAUGUAUGCUAUCAAUCAGAAGAAUCAGGAUAAGAAUCAAGGAAACCUAACAGGUAUUGGGGAACUGAAAGGUGUACCCAUUGUUAUUCUCUUUGAUACGGGAGCAUCACAUUCUUUCAUCUCAUAUACCUGUGUGGAUACGUUAGAGCUGAAUAUAGAACCAGCCCAACUACACUUAAGGGUAGCCACUCCCUUAGGGAAGUUCACCACUGUUACACAUGUGUGUCCUAACUUGGAAUUCGAAUUAGGACCUCUUAAGCUUAAGGCUAAGACGUUGAGACUUUUGCGCAUGUGGACCACAGACAUCAUUUUGGGAAUGGACUGGUUAGCAGAACACCAUGCGGUGAUACAGUGCGAGCAGAGACGGAUAUCAUUCCAGCCACCAGGCGUGGAACCUACAUGUUUUUAUGCCAUCAAUAGAAAAUGGAAGAAGACACCUAUCAUCUCUGCAGUACAAGCGAACAAGAUACUAAAAGAAAAGGGCGCGACAGCAUAUCUAGUAUACUUGAACCAAGAAGAGGAAGCACAAGUAAAGAUUGAAGAUGUACCUAUAGUGCGGGAGUAUCAAGACGUUUUCCCCGAUAUUCUACCAGGUCUACCCCCGAACCGACAAUUGGAAUUCACGAUCGAUUUGGAGCCCGGAGCAGCACCAAUAUCCAAAGCACCAUAUAGGAUGGCACCAACAGAAUUGCAAGAACUGAAGUUGCAACUACAAGAGUUGUUGGAUAUGGGAUUCAUUCGACCCAGCCACGUCAUUUCAGCUGCAGGAAUCAAAGUGGAUCCUGCCAAGGUUCAAGCAGUGCAAGAAUGGAGAUCACCAACGACACCUCAUGAGAUUCGUAGCUUCCUAGGAUUAGCAGGCUACUACCGUCAUUUUAUACAAGAUUUCUCCAAAAUAGCCAAGCCUAUAACUCAUCUGCUCAAGAAAGAAGUCAAAUUCUUGUGGACAGACGAAUGCGAGCAAAGCUUUCAAGAAUUGAAGAAGAGGUUGACCACCGCCCCAGUACUAGCCGUCCCAGAAGCAAACAAGGAAUAUACUAUCUAUACGGACGCAUCAAAGAAAGGACUAGGUUGUGUGCUGAUGCAAGAGGGAAAGGAUGAACAUGUUGAGCAUCAUGUUGCGAAUUCAAAUAACCCUUCGCCAUCUGACCAGGAUGAACAUCUUGAGCAUCAUGUUGCAAAGCCUAAACGUGGUGAAAAGAGGAACAAUUAUGUUUCUGUUGCAACAUCAACAUCUGGACAGUAUCAUCCUAACCCUAAACGUCAUAGGCUUGCACCCAAUGAGGAGAAUGCAGAUAAUGUUGCAACCGAUGAGCUUGCAACAUUAGAACAUUAUGAUUCUAAGCCUAAACGUGGUACAAAGAGGAAUAAUGCAACAUCAACAUCUGGACAGUAUCAUGCUAAGCCUAAACUUGGUAAGCGUGCACCCAAUGAGAAUAAUUUGGAGAAUAUUGCAACUGAUGAACAGAACGAGGAUGGAUCCAGUGAGCCUCUUUCUACAGGCCACUAG